AAUUAAAGAUGCGAGGAGGUAAACAGCAGCUUUGGCCAGGCCGUGAGCUAUUUCUAUAUAUAUCCCAGGCAUCUUGUUGAUAGGUGUAUUAUUGUUGGACGGAUCGCGGAGCUUUUGGAGGCCAUUUGGGCUGUUAGCGACUCGGCUGUUGUUUCUGUCUGAUGUGCAAAAAAACUGGAUUGAUUACCUUUGACAUAAAAAAAGAAAGCAUUCCAUGACCCCCUGACCUGUGUAUGAUAUAUCUGUGAGGUCAAGUCAGCCAGCCCAGCCCACACAUGAGUCCAAUAUUCUCUCAGAGCAGGGCCAAGCGCCAUGCCUGACCGGGACAAUUCCUACCUGGCAGGUGGCAGUGGGAGCGGCGGUACUCUGGGGGAAGAAGGAGGACCUGGGUCCGGUUUGGUGGGGGGCUCGGCGGACGGCAGAGGUGGUUCUGGGGGAGGUGGGAACGUCUCUGGCUCUGGGGGCAUGGGUGGAGGAGGGGCGCCCGGAAACAGUAAUGGAUUUGGGAACGGUGGAGGAGGGGGGGCAGGUGCAGGACUGGCUCUGGAUGGCGUUUGCAGGGACUUCAUCCGCAAUGUCUGCAAGAGAGGGAAGCGCUGCCGCUUUAAACACCCAGACUUCAAUGAGGUACCAGAUCUGGGAGUGCAAAAGAACGAGUUCAUCUUCUGUCAUGACUACCAGAAUAAGGACUGCAUGCGCACUAACUGCCGCUUUGUGCACGGAUCAAAGGAGGAUGAGGACUACUACAAGAAAACAGGAGAGCUGCCCCCCAGGCUGCGAGGGAAGGUUGCAGCGCGACUUGGCCUGUCUCUGAUGGAUCUUCCUCUGAGCCGAGGGGAGGUGCCAAUCUGUAGAGACUUCCUUAAGGGAGAGUGCCAGAGAGGAAACAAAUGUAAAUUUCGCCAUGUCAAAAAGGACUAUGAAUACGAACCCUCAAGAGCUGGUGUGGGCGGUGUCGUGGGACAGGGAGCCAUUGGGAUGGUGAACACUGGGGGAGGGAUGAGCGGAGGAGGCACCUGUGGAGGAAUCCAAGGACUUGUGGGAGGUGCAGGUAACAUGAUGGGGACCGGCUGCCCCAGCCUCGGUAGCUGCAGAGAUGUAGGUCUCUCAGGGGUUGGGGGACUCGGUGGAGGAGGAAUCAGUGGUUGUCUGUCCAUCGGUUCUUCGGGACAGCGGCGGUAUGACAGGAGCUCUGUGUACGAUCCCCUGCUUGAAAAUGGGCUGUUUGACACUAGCUCUUUAGAGGCUUCUAUGGAUCACACCGCUCUACAGCUGAAGAGGCGGCGAUUGGAAGGUCUUCGUUUAACCGAUGGAAGUGGAGGUGGUCAUUACGAGUUGGGGGUUCAAGCUGCGCUGCCACCUCGUCCUUUGGAGUACAGAUUCCUGGAAGAAGAAAAUUCACUGCUGAGGAAGAGAGUGGAAGAGUUAAAGAAGCAGGUCUCCAAUCUCAUUGCCACCAACGAGGUCCUCCUGGAGCAGAACGCCCAGUUUCGUAGCCAAGCCAAGGUGAUGACGCUGUCCUCCACGCCUGCUCCCUCCGAGCAGAAUCUGGCGCCCCCUGUGGGUGCAGUGAGCUCCUACAACCACAGCAUCGCCCAGACCCACACCACCCUCAGCAGCGCAGGACUGCAGCCCCGGCCUGUCACUCAGCAGGACCUGGUGGCUCCCACCGGUGCCCCCGCUGCUCCGCCUACCAAUGCAGCCCCACCCACAGCUCCCCCACCUCACCUCAACCCCGCUGAGAUUACCCCUCUCUCAGCUGCCCUCGCACAGACCAUCGCCCAGGGAAUGGCACCACCCGUCUCCAUGGCCCAGGUGGCGGUGUCCGUGGCGCCGGUGGCCGUGUCCAUGACGCAGCCUCUGCCUGGGAUCACCAUGAGUCACGCUACCACCCCAAUGGUGUCGUACCCCAUCGCGAGUCAAAGCAUGAGAAUCACAACCCUGCCUCACUGAAUAACUGCUGGAUUCUUCAGUUAGACUUUAGUGUCCUGGAGGGGAGUUUUUAACAUAGAGACUUUUAUUUAAAGUUUAGGACUAAUAUAAUAAACAAAACAAUGAAAUGUUAUUCCCCCACACCAGGAUACUUUGAAGACUUGGGUUGCAUGGCAACAUUAUAAAUAUCAGCUUCCAGGAGACUGAUUGAUCUGUUAAGUGUCUGGAACGUGUAUUUACCUAGAGGGGAUUUUUCACCCAGACAUAAACUCAAAGUGUGAAGUUUCCCUCCCUUAAAGAUUCCAGAUUCUCCGUGGCUGCACAUGAAGACAGAGGAAAUCCAUUUGUGUUUAUAUUUUUGUGGAUUGAUUUGUUGUAAAUUAAUUUUGGUACUUUAACAGCCAUGAUGAGUCCUGUUUUAUGUCCCUGUUUCAAUAUAUAUAUAUGUUUUAUGCCUACACUUGAACUGGUAGGUGGAGAUACUUAAGUCAACUGUAGGCAGACAUGGUUUCAAGUGGUUAAAGCCUUCAACAUCCUGUUGGUUCAGAUGUUUGGGUGGAGUUAUGCUGUGUAAACUUGAACUUAAUCUGUUUCUUCAGGAGCCUCAGAUAUGUCCCGCCUCAAACAGCUGUAACAUUUGGCACCGUCUGUCUGUUUUCAUCACCAUGAGAAAUUGUGAUGUCCAUCAGACAGUAGCUUGCUUUUUGGCAUUUUCAUUUGUAUUUUUUUUAUGUUAUUUUUGUGAAUUGUGAACUCGGUAGUGAGUUUUUCUAUGUCACUCUUAAGAUUUGGAGUUUGAUUUGUAUGGACCUUAUGUUUGGAAGUUUUUUUUUUUUUAUGUAUAUAGUUAAAACGUGACUUAAAGCCCUUACAGAAUUUGAGUCACUGAAUCUGUUCGGUCUCAGAAUCAGUUGGGUUUUAAUAAACAUGCUCAGCUUAAUGUCUUGAGUUGAGCUAGAAGAUUGUA